AUGAACAUCAAUAAAGCCAUUGCUAACGAAGUGUACAAAAAUCUCACGUGCACGUUUAAUGGGUUACUGGUGAAGUCAGGGAAACCUAUAGUACGUUCAAAUGGGGUGAAAGAGUGGACUGUAUUGUCUGGCAUAUGUGCAGUUGAGAAGAACGACGAUGCUAAUCCAAAUGUUGAACUAAUAGCUUUGGCUACAGGAGUGAAAUGUCUCCCAGAUAAGACAAGGGAAUACUCACAUGGGUCGAUAGUACAUGAUUCACAUGCUGAAAUCCUAGUCCUAAGAUUAUUUAAUUGGUUUAUACUAAAAGAAUGCCAGAAGAAACAUUCGCAAUAUCUUUUAAAGGGCCUGAAAGGAACGUAUUACUGGAAUAAGAAAUACAAGCUAGCACUUUACAUUAGUGAGCCUCCCUGUGGUGAUGCCUCUACGCUUUAUUUGGCUUCCAAGACCAAUUCCACCGACAAUUGGGAAGACGAACAGGAUAAAGAUAAUUGUGCAGAAGAGCCUAAGACAAAGAAACCCAAGCUUGUACGAGGCCGGUUUGGAUUUGGCCAACUAGGAAUUAUUCGGUCCAAGCCUGGUCGCCUAGACAGUAUACCCACAAAAUCCAAGUCAUGUUCUGAUAAGCUUACAGUCAAGCAGGUCACUGGAGUGACCAAUGCGUUGGUGAGUUUGUUACUUCCUGACGGCGUAUACAUAGACUAUUUGGUAUUGGGAGAGUUCAAAGAGGAAGAUACAAAUAGAUGCUUUAAUUCUCGGAUAUCCAAUAUUGAACAGAAGCAAGCAUUGAAUGUUGUCAAAUUUGAUAAGAAAGAAGACGAAGAAUAUGAGUAUAAGUUUCACAGACAAGAUAAUUUUCAACCAUCACCAUUAUCACUUUUGUAUAUUGCUCCAUAUAAUUUUGUCGAGGUACUAAAUAAUGGAGUUAAGAACGGCUCUUAUAUCAAAAAUAAGCCUCCAAAACCAUCUGGGGAGAGCAUUAUAUGCAACAAACAAUUAUAUCAACUAUUCACACAAGUUUAUCAGGGAACAAAGACCUACACUAGCUACAACGAACUUAAAGUCUCCAAUGAAGAACGACAGCAUCUUAAAGAUAAAGCUCGAUCCACGCUAGGAAUAUGGACAUCUACCAGUCUAGAUGACUUUAGCCUUCUGUAA